AUGGAGGACUUCUCCGCCAGGACCUCCGGCGCCAGAGGCCUGGACAACAGAGCUCUGUUCGGGGAGACGUCUGCCAAGGAUCGAAUCAUCCAUUUAGUUGUUGGCAGCUUAACAUCCUUACUGAUUCUUGUAACGCUGAUCAGCGCAUUUGUUUUCCCGCAGCUACCUCCAAAACCGCUGAAUAUAUUUUUUGCUGUGUGCAUCUCUUUGAGCAGUAUUACUGCCUGCAUACUUACAUGGGUGAUCUGGACUGGAAUCUGCAACGCUGUCGUGGGACUUGGAGAGAUGGCUGCGUUAUCAUCCAAGCGGGCGACUCUGAUCGGAACAUGCUGUACACUGGAACUGGAAUUACUGUUGGGAACUGCGGAUCCUGAUUUAUUCUCCAAACGCGUUGGGUUGUUUUUUUUUGGUUUUCAUGUAACUGUUUAA